AUGGCUGACCCAGUGGAGUUGAUUCUACGGUUCGCCUAUUGGUAUGGUCGAUUUUUGGGAGUUAUUAACUUUGAGGUUGAUUGGAGAACAGGAAAGGCUAGAAUCACGCGACGAGCCACGAUCUUUGCGGCCUUUAACAAUGGAAUUCUCAUCAGUUUGCUGUAUGUGCAAAAGAUUAACGAUGGUUCCCUUAGAUUGGCCUGGAGUAAUGCCCAUUACCUUCAUGAGUACUUCUUCCUGGUGAUCACGGAGGUGCGACACUGGGCGGUGCUGCUCACCCUUUUUAGUAGGUGGCGUAACCGCUUACGUAUCCUCAGGUUAUGGAAUCAAUUGGCUCGAAUGGUUUCUGAGAGACCCGAGGUCAUGGGUCUGUAUCGUCGCGGGAUAGUCUUGAAAUUUAUAAUUGUUUUUGUGUCAGACACCACGCACACCGUUUUGGACUUUAGUGCUCAGCGAAAGAAACUCACACUGGGCCUGGCCGUGAACCUCUUUGUGUGGUUCACUUUUACCACCAUAUUCAACGUCAUUGUGGCCCAGUACUUUUUUGCUGCACUUCUAAUCUAUGGACACUACAUUCUGCUGCAUGGAGACAUCAAGAAACUAAUUAAGGAAGCCCAUAGAGUUAGCUGCAUUCGCAAUCGUCGUGGCGGAGUUUUUGCAACGAAAUGCUGCACAUUGGCCGACGAACUGGAGAUUUUAGCCCAAAGACAAGCAAAAUUGCAGGGAAUUCUUUUUGAUAUGGGGAAAAUCUUUCAGAUCCAAUCCCUUAGCGUGAGCUUUGUCUAUUACCUGUCCACAAUGGGCACCAUAUACUAUACCUUCUGUUCUGUGUUGUACAACAACACUGGCCUGGGAUCUUCCUACUUGGGUUUCCUGCUCAUUGCCAUCUCUACGGUUUUCUUCUAUGCGGAUAACUUCCUCACCCUCAAUAUAGGAUUUCUCACAAAAGAUGAGCUACAUGGAAUACACAGCGAUUUGACAGAACGUACGUUGUUCUGUCAGGUUUUGGACGAAAGAUUAGAAGCAGCGUUUGACAGUUUUCAGCUACAGUUGGCCCAAUUUCCGAGGGAAUUCUAUAUUCUAGGACUUUUUAAAGUGGAGAGGGGUACUUUUAUGGCCAUGAUCAACUCGGUUAUAACCCAUUCCAUUGUACUGGUUCAAUGGGAAUUGCAACACAAGAAGUAUAAUAAUUUAAUUCAAUAA